UAACCUACGUCAGUAGUACGUCGUCUUCCUGGUUUCCUCAGUUCUUGAUUCAACCGAAAGACUCAGUUAAGUUCCGUUCGAUUUAACUCAGUCCGACAUGCCUCGGUACAAAGACGAACCCCCUGCGAUUCGCGUCUACACAGUUUGCGACGAAUCCAAGUACUUGAUCGUGAAGAACGUUCCGGCUUUAGGAUGUGGUGAUGAGUUGUCGAGAUUAUUCGGGUCUUAUGGGGAUAUUGAAGAAUGCAAACCAAUGGAUUAUGAAGAUUGUGAACCAUUUACAGAUGUAUAUUGGGUAAAAUUUCGUCAAGUAAACAAUGCCAGGUUUGCAAAAAGGAAAUUGGACGAGUUUGUUUUCCUGGGGAAUCGAUUACAGGUCUCAUAUGCCCCUCAAUAUGAGAGCCUAUCAGACACAAAAGAGAAAUUAGACGGCCGGAGAAAGGAAGUUCUAGCACGAUUGAGCCCUGGAAGAUCCAAUGGGUCUACGGCUCAUAUCCGAGGUGCGUCAACACCACAGACAGAACACAUUUCCCAAUCAAUAAACACUAACCAAAGGAACACUGGAGAGUUUCAGCAUAUUUCUCACAAUGCAGAUUCUUCUUCCAUGACCAGGGUUACUUCUGACAAGGAUUAUUUCCCAACCCAAUCAAUGAAUCAGACGGCCCAAUUCGUCAGGGAUAAGCUUAAUAAGAUACAAUCAAGCACGCAAAAUAUAGAAACAGGUCCUUCAAAGAAGCCACGAGUGGACAAUAGACGCCGAAUCUAAUUAACUUCGACAGGAGAGGAUUACUGUUGUCUACAAGUUCUUUUUCUUCUCCAGCUCUGCUUUAUGAGACGUUUUGCAUUUGACAAAAUGGAAAUUUUAACUGCCAGUUAACCUGUCUGAUUAUGUUGAAUUUUGAAUCUUGUUUAUAUUGAAAUUCUUACCAUUGUUUUGUGGCCUACUCCACAUUGUAAAUAAGUAUGUAUCAUAAACAGGGUUAAAAUGUUUAGUGUACCGUUUGAAUCGACUUUGUUGAGUUGAGAUCUAUAUUUUCCUCUUC